GAAGGUUCGGGCGAUGUUCGCUGCUGCGGUGGCAGUCCUAGGCGACAGCGUAAGGCACACGCCAGGAAGACCUCAGGCUCUUUCCGAGGUUCCCGGCUGCCCCAUGUGCUCAGUGCCUGUCCCCCCCGCUGUUCAUGCCGAAUGGAAGCAAUCGUUGCAUGUCCGAUGGGACAUGCACGCGUCCAACCACGGGAUGAGCAUGCCGUCGGACAGCAGCAGCUUCACCGGUCUCCACUCUCAGAUCUACUCCAGAGUGAAGGGAGAUAGCAUCGACUGCAUGUCUCACCCUGGAGGAUUCGGCUGCCCUGGCCCUCACUAAUGUUGCUUGGAGGAAAGGGAGGGAGAGAGAGGGGAGACAAGGAGGAGGAGGGUGUAGGAAGAGCGAAAGGUGGCAGGGGGAGGACAAUAUCUAGAGAUUUAUUCCUUAACUUGAUAUG